CUUAUUGGCCCCUCAUUUGAAUGCAAAUCGAGAGGGUUUGAAGUCUUGGCUGACGUCAGGAAGGGCUUGUUAUACGUACAUCAGUGACCACCACCUUGUCAACAGAUUCACAUCAUGUUUGAUUGAAGCACGUCAAGGACUACAUCGCAUGAGCAGCUUGGAAAUCUUUUUUUUUGUUUCUGGACUACCACAUUUCAGAAGAAACCUCAAAAUCUGGCCCUCUAAUUCACAUUAAGCCAUAUCUAGCAUGAUGCAUUGCUAGAAUGUCGUCUUGAAAAAAGACUGGUUUUGGGGCUUUUUUCCCUUUGUGAAUCAUGUACGUUGGAUACCUUUUGGAUAAAGGAGAAGGAAACAUGUAUCACCAUCAAGGACCUGUACGGCGAUCUGGUAUCAACCUUCCGCCACAGAAUUUCGUCUCCACGCCACAGUAUUCUGAUUUUGGUGGAUACCAUCAUAUGGCCAGCAUGGACACACACUCUCAGGCAGCAGGGCCAUGGGCCGCUCCGUACGGGGGUCCGAGAGAGGACUGGGGCGCCUACAGCCUUCCGCCUCCCAACACCAUAGCAACUCCCAUGAGUAACUCAUCACCGGGACAAGUCUCCUACUGCUCGCCUGAUUAUAACUCUAUGCAUAACCCGGGGUCGGCAGUGUUGCCUCCACCGCCCGACAACAUUUCCGUGGCACAAAUGUCCCCGGAUAAAGAACGACGCAACUCUUAUCAGUGGAUGAGCAAAACAGUUCAGUCCUCUUCAACGGGAAAAACGAGAACAAAGGAGAAAUAUCGAGUGGUCUACACGGAUCAUCAACGACUAGAGCUGGAGAAGGAGUUUCACUUCAAUCGUUAUAUUACUAUAAGAAGAAAAUCAGAGCUGGCAGUGAAUCUGGGCCUCUCUGAGAGACAGGUAAAAAUUUGGUUUCAAAACCGUCGCGCCAAGGAGAGGAAGCUGAUCAAGAAGAAGUUGGGUCAGUCGGACGGCAGCAGCGGCUCUGUGCACAGUGACCCGGGAUCAGUGAGUCCUCUGCCAGUUCGGAUCGCUCAGUCCCUCGGAUGUGCACGGCUCGGUUUACCAGCCUCCAGGAUUGAACGCCUUACCAUCCAUAAGAAACAUUCAGCAAGUCACGGUCACUCUGUAAACUCAAAACUGGAGUAUUUUACUCCAAAACAUCCGACUAAAACUGAGCACUCCGACCCGCUGCAAGGACACGACACACAGCGCUCACAGGGAUUCACGCGCCCAAGACCACACGUCCCGGGGCGCGAGCUUGUGGAUUAUUGUAAAUGAGAAAUUGAGGUUCUAUUGCAACCAAAGGCUGGAGGCUCUUCAAAUAUUGUUUUAAUAGAAUAGUUUUUAAAAAAUGGAGAAAA